AUAGCAUCUGAACAGAAGCUAAGGCCCUGUGUCCAGACCCCCACCGGAACUGAAGCUCCACAUCUCUGUGAGUAACGUGAACAUGAGUUAAUGUAGUCGAGGUUUCGUUGACGUGGUCUCGAUGCAGCAGCUGUGUAAGGUUACAGACUCCCUGCUGAUCAGCAACGCUCGCUCAGCCUGCGACGCAGAGCUCAUCCGGAAGGAGGCUGUCACCUUCUGCAUUAACGUAUCUAUACAACAGCCCUGUCCAUCGUCCCCGGUCAGGACCCUGCGCGUGUCUGUCUACGAUGACCCCAACGAGAACCUGCGCCAACACUUCAACCUCUGCGCCGACGCAAUACUGAAGGAAGCAAAGCACGGAGGCCGGACGGUCGUGUACUGCAAGAACGGGCGCAGCCGCUCGGCCACCGUCUGCGUAGCCUACCUCAUGAAGCACCAGGGUCUGUCUUUAACUGAUGCGUUUGGGGUGGUAAAAGGUGCUCGAUCAGUGGUGGAGCCCAACCCCGGUUUCUGGGCUCAGCUGGAGCAGUAUGAGGAGGAGCUGAAGAGCAGGAGGUCCGCAAGCAACAACUAGAAGCUCUCGUCACUUUAAAUGCCUUCAGUCGACCACGAGAUUCAUCCGUUCUGUUUAUGGCCUUGGAUUAAUGUAAAAUCAUCGAAGGAUCAGCCUUAUAUCAGGCUCAGCUCAAGGUGUCAUAUGCUGUGGGUUAUACAGAAAUGUUAUAGUGCACUGUAGUAGCACUGCAACUGUGCUUGUUAUUCUCAGGUGUUCAAAUCAAAUGACUUUAAGCUCGAUCAGUGAGCAAUAAAAAGCAUAAAUGUUUAAAAAUAUAA